AUGGUCGAUAAUAGUGAAAAAUUCUACAUGGAUUUACAAGAAGCAAUUGAUGGGGUGCCGAAAGAAGAUAUGAUAGUAUUAAUGGGGGAUUUUAAUGCACGUAUUAGUCAACCUCAACAUUCUACGACAUCUCGCAUUAUGGGACCAUUUACAGUGGAUGUGCAAAAUGAAAAUGGCGAGAGGCUAAUUGAUUUCUGCACUACAAACAAUCUGGUCGUAUCAAACUCAUUCUUUCAACACAAGUCAGUGCACCAAACGUCUUGGAUGCAUCCUGGAACAAUGAAAUGGCAUUUAUUAGAUUAUACAUUGAUUAUUGAACCUACAUUAUUAGAUCAGAUUAAGCCUGCAUCUUUAUCAACAAUGGAACAACAUCGCCAAGAUAAAGAACCAACACUGGAUGAGGUGCAGCAAGCUUUACAACAAAUGAAAAAUAGAAAGGCACCAGGCAAAGAUAAUGUAACAGCUGAAUUACUGAAAGCAGUCCUAUUGUUUGGUAGCGAAGUUUGGUCACUGACUGCUGUUCAAGAAAAUAGAAUCAGCACUUUCUAUAUGAAAUGUUUAAGAACGAUACUUGGUCUGAAUCUGGGAGAUCGUGUAGCAAAUAUAACAAUAAUGCAACUAUCUGGCCAACCUUCAAUUGAAAAUCUUAUGCGACGAAAUCGAUUAAGAUGGUUUGGUCAUGCAAAUCGUAUGGAAAAUGAAAAUGGGCCACAUUUAGUUAAGAAAAUUAUGUUUUCAUAUUUCCCUGGUGAAAAACGUCCUACAAAUACUGGAAUAAGAAAAAGGUGGGAAAACAAGAUCAUGGAUGACAUCGAGAAAUUCGACAUAAAAAAUUGGAGGAAAGACACCAAAGAUAAAGACAGGUGGCGUGAAAUAAUUAAUAGACAUGUCACAAUGAAUCCUGUUCCUUCAAACAUUAAGUCAAUUAUACAAGAGUUCAAAGAUCUUUCAAAGAAAAGAAGAGCAGAAGAAUUAGCCAUUUCACAUGGAAAACCUCAGCGAAAGGCGACUGAAGUGUUGGAUAUGCGAUGGAAAAAUAUUCGUACACCACAAUUUUGUUUUAUUAUUUGGUCAAAUAGUCAAAAAACUGUUGAAUAUCUUUAUCCGAAUCUCUAUCGACAAAAUCGUUAUAACAAUUUGUGGCUUCGUUGGAAUGGUAAACCACUUAUUUUGGCCGAUUCCAGUAGUCUUAAUUCUGAAAGGCGUUGUGGUCUCAACGAGCAAGGUCAACUCGAACAGACAUGUGUGACAAUUGCUGGUCAUCCGGUAUCGGAUAUUGGUCGCACAUUCGAUGGCACAUCACAUGCGCAACCUAAUCAAGUCGAUUCACCCUCAGGAAAAUAUUUUUCUCAGCAAUGGGAACAUGCUCUUCAAAUGGAUCCAGCAUUCAUAUUUGUAACAGGAUUCAAUGAAUGGAUUGCGCAAUGUUUCCUACAAACCAAUUCGUCAAUGCCAUUUCUUGGCAAAACAUGGGCAGUUUAA